AAUUACCCAUAAUUCUUUGCGCUUGCUUGGUAACAGUGACACAAAACGUGAAGGAGGGAAAGUGCUUUCUUUAUCUUGGCAAUGUAGGGUAUAUUUAUGAUUUAAAUAUUGUAGUUACAGUGUAGAUCUUAACAAAUUAUUGCAAUACAACAAAUCGUAAGAAAAUGAGUUUCCAAGAAAUCAAGAACGAGCCACGACAAGAUUGGCAGCAGACGUCCACAGGGGUUGGUCACCAUUAUCGACCAGGAUAUUAUUUUCCUAAUUCUGAUUUCAAGACCUUGAUAUAUGAUCCAGUCCCUCCUCCCCUGGCAAAACAGGAUGAAAUUACAAGAGACCAGCACUUCAAAACAACAUAUGGGGAUUUCCAUGACACCAAAUAUGGAAAGGGUGCUUAUGGCAAUCCUAUCCACCAGAAGGCUCCUGGACAUUGGAAAGUAAAUUAUGUCAAGGAUCUGGCAGAAAAACUUGAUAAAGGAGGUUGGAGAAAACCACUUACUAUGGGAAAUCAGUUGACAGAAACAAAAGAGGAAUUUUCCAACAAGUCUGGAGUCAGACAAAAUUAUCAUUUCCAGGAUGCUGCAGGCCUCAACCUACCACAACCCUACAAUCUACAUGACCACCAUGUAGAAGGACCAUCAAAAUAUGGACAGGGUACAACACAGAAUCCAAAACUUCAGGGCCAGCCAUUCUAUGUCAGGGACAAAGGAGUUCUAAACUUAUUAGACCCCUACCUAUCUACCACACAGAAAGAUCACAGGUCAUUUAAACCUAAUGAACUUAAAAAAUACCCAAAGAAGGAUGUGGCCACAUAUUGGGAGUGUGAGGAAUACCCAAAGGCCUGGGGACACGGUCUUAAACACAAUCCUGUUCCCAAGGACAAUGUUCCUAGAGAGCGAUUACCAAUGGUUGACCCCACAUGGUUUAAGACUCGGACCACCAUCCCCAGGCAGCCUAAGGCCCUGUUACCUGUCCCCCACGCAGGCCUGAAGUCCCUGUACGCCGAAUCCUUCCAGCAGCCCUCAGAUGUCAAGGCCAAGGAGAAUUACUACUGCGCUGUAGACACACCUUUUGUCCUUCCAGCCCCAGGUACCAAGUCAGUGAUGACAGCACCCAAGAUGUACAACACAGAAUACCAGCAUGUGGGAAGUAAGAAGCCAGUCAUUGUAUAACACCACAGAUGAUAAAAAAUUAACUGUACAGAAGUCAGGAUAUAUUUUACACAUUGAUACCAAUCUUGAUUCCAUAAUACAAACCAGUUUCAGACUUUCAGUAGCGUAAAGAUUGGUUUAAUUUGAAUUUUCAAAUGUUACAAUGAGGAACUCUUGAAGAUUAUUGUAUUCAAAUGUGGAUAGAACAUUUGGAAAUUGAGUUGAUUAUGUUAAAAAAUAGUUUAAUUUUUGUUGAAGUAUAUUUUUGUUGCUUAAAUGUGAAAUUUUUGUGUUUUAAAUGUCUUUUUUUUUUUUACAAAUUGGUACAUUGUAAGUAUUACACAUAUUAUUGUGAUGUUUGUUACAGAGGCUGUGAUAUUUUUAGUAAUUUUAUUAAAGUCUAUAUGUGUGUAAUACAGUAUGCUUUGUAUACUGACAUCACAAGUCAUUAAACAUAAGGACAUUUUAA